AUGGCUUUAAAAGAUAAAAGAUUGAAUAUAACACUAAUGGAAGGAAUAAAAGUUGAUCAGAUUAAUUAUGCAAGCCAUAAAACCAAAUGUCGACUUUGUUUUAAGUAUUUUGGAAUCAAUGAACAUCGCAUUCAAAUUAAUAGUCAAAUUGAAAGGAAAUUCCGGGAUGUAACUCAAACUGAUUUGAAGAUUUCGAAAGAGUAUUCCAAUGAAAUCUGUGUCAUUUGUAAUUUUCAAUUGAAAGAUUUUUUUAUCUUUAAAAGAAAUGUAAUUAUUCUUCAAAAAGGACUCUACAAAUUUUCGUCAAUUCAAAAGAAAAGUUUAAAAAAUGAUGCUAAUAUUGAAAUGGAAAAUGACACAUUAUUGGCACAUUUCAAGGAUAUUAAAAAUGAAUUAACUUCAAGCCAUCAGAAUAGCAGUACUGAAUUUAAGAUUACGGAUGGAGCAAUUGUUGAAAAAAAUAACUUAUUGAAAUAUAAUUCAGAAUCAAAUAUAGUUUUUCCAAUUGAUGUAAAAACAGAAGAAGAUUUUGCAAGGAAGACAUCGAGAGAAAAUGUUAAUAAUGAAACGUGGGAUAAUAACAAAACGUUAUCUGGAGAGAUGCAAAGUAUAGAAAACUUCGAUGAGAAAAGUAAUUUGCAUUCAGAAACUCUUUUCAAGUGCGAAAAUUGUGAAGCGAGUUUUGAAUCGUAUCAAUCUUUUCAAUCUCAUAAACAUAAAAUGCAUUCAGCAGAUAUAGAUGUAACAAAAUGGCUUUGUCGUCAAUGUAACACUUUUUUCAGCGGCUCAAGAACUCUUCGUGACCAUGUAACAAUAGCUCAUUCACCCCUAAAACCGCAAAUAAAUUGUCCAGUUAAGAAUUGUUCAAAAACAUUCCUCACUAUUAAACGUCUGAAGGCUCAUAUGAAAGUACAUGACAAUGAUGCAAAAGAAAUGUGUCCAGAAUGUGGUUUACUGGUUACGAAUAAGCACAAUUUAGAGAAGCACAUAAAAAGAGUUCAUCUGAAGUUACGCAAUUUUUUCUGUGAUCUUUGCGGCUACAGUGCCACUUUUAAACACAGCAUUGUAUCACAUAUGAUAAGUCAUAUUGAUCCUAAUGAACGUCGUAAAUGGCGUUGCGAUUUGUGCAGUUUCAUUUCUGUCUCCAAACAAUCCUUGCGAGCUCAUAAAAAUUAUGAACAUUCAGGAAUUAUCUACACAUGCCAUUGCGGAAAAGGAUUCAAUCAAAGAGCAUCUCUUUCAACUCACAUAAAAUGUGUUCAUCAUAAGAUUAAGGAUCAUCUAUGUAAUAUUUGCGGGAAAUCAUAUUUUACCAGAAAAGAUUUACAAAAUCAUAAAAAAUCCCAACAUAUGGAAAGAGAUAUGCCUUGCGAAAUUUGUGGAAAAAUGUUUGCAACGCAGAAACAUUUAACGAGACAUAAAAUGCAUCAUGAAGAGCCCAGAUACAAAUGUCCAUAUGAAGGAUGUCAUAAAGCUUUUAUUGACAGACCAAAGCUUAAAGAUCACACAAAGCUUCAUGAAAAUAAACGUGAUAAUCUUUGUCAUCUUUGUGAAAAAAGUUACUUUCAUCAAAAGGAUUUAAAACGUCAUUUAGACGUUGCCCAUAAGCAAACCAUUUUCCAUUGUGAACUUUGUACUUUUACAAUAAGCAGAAAAGAUUAUUUACGUAAUCAUUUAAAUAUUGCUCAUAAACAUCUGAGUCUCGAGGAGAAAAAUGAAGUUUUAGCUCGUACAAAAGUUACAAGAAAUGCAGUUUAAGUUAAUAAUAAAUUCUUUCUAACCCAUGUGAAACAUUUUUUCUCAUGAAUUUAAAUAGAACAUUUAAGCUUUAAUCUAAAGUCUUCUGUCUUGACAUUUUUCAGAAAAGUAAAAAAAAUCUUUAAAAUAAAUUUGUAACUUCAUAAAUAAAGAUUUAUUCUAUUUUAAUUAUCCAUAAAUUUUAUUUAGAUAUCUAUUAUUUUAUAAAAUAUUUAAAAAUAAAUUCAGCAUAUGAACUUGAGAUUGCUUCCAAAAUUUAUUGAAAAAACGAAAUUUUGCUACAUGAAUCAUUUUUUUGCUUCUUCUUUUAAUGAGAAAAUGAUAGCUUAAAUUAUUUAUGUAUGUAAAUUUACGAGAACUCUUUUUUUCUUCGUAAAAUCAUGAUUUCUAUUUACUUCUUAGAAUGAAAGAAAAGAAAUGUUCAUGACUCAUUAUCAUGGUAUGAAGCAUCAUGACUCAUAUCAUCAUUUUGUCUGAUUAAUUUUUGACGACAGCUUUCUUCUUACGUUGCACUAAGAUCUCAUAAAAUGGAUUGUGAGCUAUCGAGUGUGUCAGACAUUUAAUCCAUUCAUUCUUCUCUUCGACGGUAGCUGCUGACAUUCGAUAAACAGUAUGUUUGCCUUCAACAACUUUUCCUUCAGAGUCAGUUUUGCAUGCUUUUAUAAUUUCAGCUCCACCACCUGCGUACAACUCAAAACAAUGAGGUUUGCUUUUGUCAGCAACUUUACAUUCACGAACCAAGAUGUUUUCUAAUGGUAUAAUUCCCCGUGGUUCUUUAUCCGUUGUAUAUUCAAAAUAAUACAAACAAUUAUCAUUAAGGAUGAACCAUCGUCUUUUCCAACUUUUGUAACGCCCUCCUUGUUUCCAUAGCCAGCCUUCUUUAUCAGGAUUGAAAAACGUAUGCAUCAAGUCGUUGCCAUCAUCUUGUGGAAUCUUAAAUGGCUCUGUACGAAUAGACUCGUAAAGUGACUCCAAAAGUUCACGAGGUAAAUCUCCUCCGUUGUUAAUACCACGGUUCAUUGAAAUGAACUGCUCCACAGUUGGCUUAUCCUUAACUGAUGGAUUGUGAAGUGAAGUAUUUAACAUAAUAAUAGCGAAACUUAAUACGUAACAUGUAUCCGUGUUAGUGAAAAUGUCUGGAUUCAAUUGACAGUAACGUUGUGCAAAGCAUUCCAUCAUUCUAUCGAUUUUCUGUGCUUCUCCAGGCAGUCGAAAACUCCACAAAAACUGUCUUAGAGCUUGUACAAGGAUGAGAUUUGUGAAAUCAUGAAGUUCUACGAAGGCCUUCAGUACUUGUUCAUUGAAAGGUUUUUUCUCUCCUAAAUAGUCGCCAAUAGCAGUUUUAUUAAGACCUUCACCUUUAUAAAGAAACUGGGCAACAUCUUGAGCAUCAAUUUUCAAAAGAUGGUUCUCAUAGAGAUAUUCAAUUCCUUUCUUCGGAUCCAUAUUGAAUUUUUUCCGUCCAAUUGACAUUUGUUUCUCUUUAGUUGAAUGUUUGUUUUCAGAAUCAUGAGAUUCCAUUUCCUGAACGACUUCACAUAACUCAUCUUUGAUUUGUUGGAUUUCAAGUAGCAACUCUUGUUUUCUUCUGCGAAGUUCUAUAACCAGUUUUUGUUGUUCGGGUGUCAAAUCUUGUCCUAUUUCCUUGUUUCCAGAAUACAUUGUGAAUAAUAAAUUAUUUUCUAUCAAACUAACCAUAGUUUUUCAUAACUUCAGCUUUCUUAAUUCAUUCAAAAUGCGUUAUGGAAGGAUAAAAAAAUGUUUUUUAUUUUCUUUAUUUACAAUUCACGGACAUUUUUUAUAU